AUCGGAGGCGCGUUAACAAAACCGAGCGCCGCCGCCGCAGCGAGAGAGCCGAUCGCUGAGUGGCUCAGGCCGGGAUCAAGGGGUAAAGCAGCGGAGGGACGCACCAGCCGCUGGGUUUGAACUAACAGCUACCUGCAUGGCACGGAUUUCACAGAGCGCCCAUUAAGAGGCAUCGAGGGCUGUAAAAUUUAAUAACAGGUAUUCACCUGGAAGAAGGUGGGAUAUUACACGGGACAGAAGCUUCUGAUUUCCUGAAUUGUGUCGUUCUCUAUUACAUUGUUUCUUUAUGCUUACAAUGUAUCCCGAUGCGAGCCGGUGGAGGGGACUGUAUCUGCUGCUGCUCUAUGUCACGGGGGGCUGCCCCAAACCCACCCUGAGGAACGAGCGAGUCCACCAGGAUCCGGCACUCAGCGAGAAGCCGCACCAGGACUCGGCUAACUUCGAAUACGAUCACGAGGCCUUUCUGGGCAAAGAAGAAGCCAAGACUUUCGACCAACUGAGCCCCGAGGAGAGCAUCGAGAGGCUGGGGAAGAUUGUAGAGCGAAUUGAUGAUGAUAAGGAUAAUUAUGUGACCUUGGAGGAGCUGAAGGCAUGGAUUAUACGGGUACAGAAACGGUAUAUUUAUGAAAAUGUAGCCAAAGUAUGGCGGGACUAUGACCUUAACAAAGACAACAAAAUUUCCUGGGAAGAAUACAAACAAGCAACAUAUGGCUAUUACCUUGAGAACCCUGAUGAGUUUCCGGAUACUGCUGAUCAGUUCAGUUUCAAGAAGAUGUUACCCCGGGAUGAGCGGCGAUUCAAGGCGGCUGACCUGGAUCGAGACCUGGUGGCCACCAGGGAGGAGUUCACAGCUUUUCUGCACCCAGAAGAGUUUGAUCACAUGAAAGAAAUUGUUGUUUUCGAAACGCUUGAAGACAUUGAUAAGAAUGAAGAUGGAUUUGUGGAUGAAGAUGAGUACAUUGCUGAUAUGUAUACAAAAGAUGAAGGUGCAGCCGAGCCCGAAUGGGUGAAGACCGAGCGGGAGCAGUUUUCUGAUUUCCGUGACUUGAACAAGGAUGGGAAGAUGGACAAGGCUGAAAUCCGACACUGGAUCCUUCCAGAAGAUUAUGACCACGCCCAGGCCGAAGCCAGGCACCUGGUCUACGAGUCCGACAAAAAUAAGGACAAAAGAUUAUCGAAGCAGGAGAUUCUGGACAACUGGAAUAUGUUUGUCGGCAGCCAGGCCACCAACUAUGGAGAAGACCUGACUCGAAAUCACAGUGAGUUGUGAGGCCAGCCAGGAGAAAUAAUGCUGGAUGAUUCACCUCCACUGGGAAGUUCAGAGACGUCUCGAUUGAAGAUGAAGAAGUGGAUUAACAGGCUGCAGCUUCUUGCCGCAUGUUAAAUGACUGAAGUUGUCCGUCAGUUCUGCUCUACUAAUAUAGCCCACUCUUUACCUCAUUCACUCAUGGGCUACCUUUGCCCAAAUACCUGACUGAACUGAUGCCAAUCAAUGUACAAAGACUUUGCAGCAGAGUUGUUCAGUUGAGGACAUUGGGAACCAUUGGACACAUCCAGUUUUAUUCCCCAAGCAGGAGUUUGGCUGCUUUCUCAUUUUUGCUCUGUUACCUUUUGCCAUAACGAACAAAACCCUAAUAAUCUCUUAUGGAACAGUUAGGAGUUGGUUGUCAUGCUUCCAAACUAGAUUCUCAUCAUUCCUAAUUUGGGAGCAGAUGGUACAGGAGAAUAUUUUUUGAUUUUCAUUUUGCCCUGCCCUUGUGAUGCCCACCACUUGGAGGGGCAGGGUUAUGUUUCUGUCCAAAUUAUAAAGCACCCUAACUUGGAUAUGUGGAUCACUGCCUUUUGGUCUUCGGACCUAAGUCUCUGUCUGAUGUCACCUGCGAGACUUCCUUCGCUGGGUGCAUUGCAAGUGUGAUUUCUUGGGUUAGUAGGGGAGUUGAAGGUUAAGGGGAGAAGGGGGUUAAGAGGCAAAAUAAAUCACCAUGAUUUGAUGGUGGAGCAAACUCGAUGGGCCUAAUUCUGCUCCUAUGUCCUAUGAUCUUACUGAAGUAGAAGAGGUCCUACCUCCUUUUCAAAGGAAGACACCAGCCCUGUCUGCAAUGCCCAUGUGCUGAGAAUGCAUAGAAUGUAAGACUUCCAAUUCAUCUUUCCAAAUGACACUGUCAUUCAUCUUACUAGUAAACACACUUGCAAUAAUUGGACCACUUCUCAUUUACAGAGUGCUUUUGUGGCCACUUGCUGUCCACCUGGGCCUUGCCAAAGUGGUCUUAUUUUGACGGAUGUAGUGGUUCAUUUGCAGAUUGCUAGCAUGACAAGUGGGGGGGGGGGGGGAUGGAGAUGACGAUGGAAGGAAGGUAAUGAGUACAAGCUGGCAGGUGAUGGGGGAUGAUGUAAGAAGCUGGCAGGUGAUAAAUGGAAGAGGUAAAGGGAUGAAGAGGAAGGAAUCUGACAGAAGAGGACAGUGGGCCAUGAAAUAGAACUUUGGAUGAUCCUGAUUUAAUGGAGGAUGCGACAUGAGAGACCUGUUACAUUAGUUUAAAUGGGAAUAGUUUUGUCCAGCAACCUAGAGCAGCAUCUGGGUAGAGGUGGGCCUGUUGCAGGUGAUAAUACUAUGGAGGUUGAUGUUGGUGGUCUUGGUGAUAGGUUCAGAUUCAUUUAUUUAUCACAUGUACAUGGAAAACAUUCAGUGAGAUGUUUGUGUCAAUAACCAGCACAGCUGAAGGAUGUGCUUGGGCAGCCCACAAGUGUCACUACACAUUCUGGUGCCAACAUAGCACAGCAACAAUGUUCAGCAGAACAAAACAAUGUACCAUGCAAUGAAACAACAACAGCAAAACAAGCACUGUUCCUAAUGCACAGUCACCCCCUCACCCCCCCCCCCCCCCCGCUCCCAGUAGACUCGCGUGGUUGCAAGUAUUUUGGGAAUUAAGUGGAUUAGUGAGGUUUCUGGCCAGCCGGGUUGGUGAUAAACAAUAGGUAAAGCCCCCUUAAGAGGUAUCCGCAUGCCUAGUCAUUAUCAGAUGAGCAGUGCGACAGGUUUUGGAGAACAAUGGGUGGCGGUGGUACUUGUGAGGCAGAACUGGGCACCUUUACCAGCAUGUGGGACCUGACAUAUUUAGAUGGUUUGGUUCUUGGCUUGCCCAGAUGUCAUCUAGGAGGGCAUGAACAGAGAAGCUUUGGAAUCCCAAUCUCUGCUGCAAUAGACUGGAGAGAUACUGGUGGAUCAGGUGAGAUGGUACGAGGGGAACUGAGGGGAAACAUUUAUGUGUGUGUUUAUAGGAUACAUUCAGAGGGCCGGUUUAAGUACAUGAGAAUUCAAAUAGAGAACAGUACAGACCCUUCAGCACAUAAUGUGCUGACCUAUUUCAACCUUCUCUGCGAUCAAUCUAACCUACACAGCCCAUAAUACUCUCUUUCUAUUUCCAUUUCAUCUAUGUGUCUAUCUUAAGUGUUUCUUAAAUGUCCCUAAUGCAACUGCCUCUACCACAACCUCCAACAGCGUGUUCCAGGCACCUGCCAUUCUAUUGUAAAUAACUUACCUCUGAUAUCUCCCCCAAACGUUCCUCCAUUCACUUUAAACAGAUUUUCGCUGGAAUUGGACAUUGCUGCCCUGGCUAAGAGGUUUUCUUAACUCCUUUAUCAAUGCUUCUCAUAAUCUUAUACACCUUUGUCAAUUUGCUUUUCAUGCUCUGUCACUCCAAAGAGAAAAGCCCAAGCUCACUCAACCUUUCCUAAUAAGACACAUUCUCUGAUUUCCUCUGCACCCUCACUAAAGCUUCCACAUCCUACCUAUACAGAGGUGACUAGAACUGAACACAAUUCUCCAAGUGUGAUCUAACCACAGGAUCAGUCCAUGUAUUAUGUGGAUUCAUGUUCGUCAUCCAUAAAAAGUUAUACAUAUGAAGUAUGAUCUAAUAACUCUGAUGGAAGUGACAACCUAUUAACCUACUCUAAGAUCUUCCUCACAGGACCCUUCACAACCUUUCAGGGUGUCUCUUGGCUCUUUAUUGUGUGAUGGUUGACUGGGUCUUGAAGUUAGGAUAUGGACAGCAAGGCUCUGACUGAGAACUCAUUGUGAAGCUGAUCAGGUGGAAGAAGACAGUGAAAAUAUUUUUUGAAAGUGUCAGCUGGAAUUGAAACAGUAAAUUCUUCGAAAGCCCUUCCAUUCACAUUUCACUUGGCUAGUUAGAAUCCUCAAUCUGUCAACACAUAACAUUCAGUCAAGCAGUCUCAACAACAUCAUUUGAAAGGAUCAGUAUUUGAAUAGAUGGAAUAUGAAAGGAUUUGACAGAAUGGGCAGGGGUAUGGGACCAAAGUAGAGAGCUUCCAUCAAAGUGUGGAGGUGAACAAAAUGGCUACCUGCCAUGUGACUUCUCUGGACUCACUAGAAAUUGCAGAUGCUGGAAUCUGGAGUGAGAAACAAACUGCUGGAGUAAUUAGAAUUUAAAACAGUACUGGCCCUUUGGCCCAUGAAGUUGUGCUGACCUUUUAACUUGCUCUGAGAUCAAUCUAACCCUUCCUGCCACAUAGCCCUUUUUUUCUUUUAUCCAUGCGCCUAUCUAAGAUUCUUAAAUGACCCUAAUGUUUCUGCCACUAGCAUCAGUGAGAUCACACUCUGUUUUUAAAAAAUAAACUUGCCUCUGAUAUUCACUAUGCUUUCCUCCAAUCACCUUAAAAUGAUGAUGCCUCAUAUUUAGCCAUUUUCACCCUGGGGGAAAAGGUCUCUGGCUGCCCACUCGAAUUCUGCCUCUCAUCAUCAUGUACAUCUCUAGCAAGUCACUUCUCAUUCUCCUUCACUCCAAAGUGAGAAGUCGUAGCUUGCUCAAUCUAUCCUCAAAAGAUAUUCUCUCCAAUUCAGGCAGCAUCGCGGUAAAUCCUCUCUAUAACCUCUCUAAAUCUUCCAUAUCCUUCCUAUAAUAGAGCGAUCAGAACUGAAUACAAUAUUGCAAGUGUGGUCUUACCAGAGUUUUGUAGAUCUGCAACAUUACCUUGCAACCCUUGAACUUGACCCCCUGACUAAUGAAGGCCAGUGCUCCAUACACCUAAUUGCACAGCAGCUUUGAGAGAUCUACAGACAUGGACCCCAAGAUCCCGCUGUUCCUUCACUCUAUGAAUCUUGCCAUUAACCCUGUAUUCUGCUGUCAAAUUUGACCUUCCAAACGGAAUCACUUCACGCUUGCCUGUGUUGAACUCCGUGUGCUAUUUCUGAGCCCAGCUCUACAUCCUAAGAAACGUCACAUUGUAACCCUUGACAAACUUCUACAGUACAUAUGCCACCACCAAACUUGGUGUCAUCUACAAAUUCAGUGGUUCAAGUAGCACCUGUGGAGGCAAUGGUUGUCCUUUCUUGCAAUAUUGACUAUUUCCUUGCUUCCACAGAUGUUGAUUAGCUUUGCUGAGAUCCAGUAGCAGUUUUUGUUUGCUCAAUAUAACUUCUCUGGCUUUAUGUGGAAUCACACAAACACCAAGGUUAAUUCAUCUUGAGUUAUGAAUUACUGUCCUAACAUUUCAAAGAUAAUUCAUUCAGUUGCCGAACAGAACAAAGCUGAGUUCUUCAACCACAAUAGUAGUUUAAAGAAUGUAACUUACACGUAUGUAAU